AUGCGGAGUUUUGGGCUGCAUUUGCUGACCGGCAGAUGGUUCACUCUGUUCGCUUCACUACUGAUCAUGUCUGUCAAUGGUGGUGCUUAUUUAUUUGGUGUCUACUCCAAUGACAUCAAGUCCACAUUAGGCUAUGAUCAAACGACCCUUAAUUUGGUCAGUUUUUACAAGGAUUUGGGAAGCAACCUCGGAAUCAUAUCAGGACUGAUCAAUGAAGUUUGUCCUCCAUGGGUCGUUUUGGCCAUUGGCGCUGUCAUGAACUUCUUUGGUUACUUCAUGAUCUGGCUAGCUGUCACGGGCCGUACCCCGAAGCCUCAGGUGUGGCAGCUGUGCUUGUAUAUAUUCAUCGGUGCAGAUUCACAGGCAUUUGCUCAUACGGGCUCUUUGAUCACCACCGUUAAGAACUUUCCUGAGAGUCGAGGAGUCGUUUUAGGCCUUUUGAAAGGUUUUGUUGGCCUAAGCGGCGCCAUCAUGACACAAAUGUACCAUGCCCUGAAUGGAGAUGAUACCGAGUCCAUCAUACUGCUCGUCGGAUGGCUUCCGGCAGCUGUUUCAGUCGUAUUUCUUCCUGCAAUUCGACUCAUGAAGGUCGUCAAGCAGAAGAAUGAGCUCAGGUUGUUCUACUCUAUAUUGUAUAUUUCACUUGGCCUUGCCAGUUUUCUGAUGGUCAUAAUCAUUAUCCAAGAGAGGCUUACAUUUGGUCAGAGUGAAUAUAUUGCAAGCGCCGUUGCUGUGCUUAUUCUGGUCUUUUCUCCACUUCUUGUUGUGGCAAAAGAAGAAUUUAGUACCUGGAAAAGCAAGAGACUAUUGUUGCCAAGUAGUGACAUUUCACAUCAUAUCCAAGUUGAACCUGCAGUAACUCAAGUUUCCCUGCAGACACCAACAAUUGCUUCAAUGAGAAAUGUCUUCCAUCCACCAGAGCUAGGGGAGGACUACACCAUUUUGCAAGCAGUUUUCAGUUUGGACCUGUUAAUUCUUCUUAUUUCGACAUCAUGUGGCAUCGGUGGUGCACUAACAGCAAUAGAUAACUUGGGUCAAAUUGGCAAAUCUUUAGGCUAUCCAAGUAAUAGCAUUACCACUUUUGUAUCACUGGUCAGCAUCUGGAAUUAUCUGGGACGAGUAGCAGCCGGAUUCUCCUCAGAAUUCCUUCAAACAAAAUACAAAUUUCCGCGAUCUUUGAUGCUUACAUUCGUACUUGCACUUGCCUGUGUUGGUCAUAUCCUGAUUGCUUUUGCAGUUCCAAAUUCUCUCUACAUAGCUUCAGUGAUCAUUCGAUUUUGUGUUGGAGCACAAUGGACAUUACUUUUUGCAAUAGUAUCAGAGAUAUUUGGCCUUAAAUACUACUCCACAUUGUUCCAAUUUGGUGCAUUCGGAUGCCCAAUUGGAGCCUAUAUUCUCAAUGUGAAAGUAGCUGGUCAUCUCUAUGAUAAAGAGGCAAUCAAGCAAAUGGUAGCUAAGGGGCUCACAAGACAAUCUGGCCAGGACUUGACAUGCUUUGGGGGGAAGUGUUACAGAAAAUCUUUUAUUAUAAUAGCAGCUGCAACCCUUUUUAGUUGCCUUGUCUCUUUAGUUCUGGUAGUUAGAACAAGAGAAUUUUACAAAGGAGACAUUUAUAGAAAGUUUAGAGAUGGCACAAAGAUGGAUUUUGCUGAUGCAACUGGUAGUGAAGCAUAUGAUGGCACCAUCACUAAAUCCAAGCAUGAAACUGAAUGUAUAGAUGAAAAGAAGCAAGAAGAUUGCACAUAG